GAGCACGAUCGUUUUUUUCUUCUUUUUAACUUCAUCGCCGGUAUCUGCCCAAGUCCUUCCAGUCAUCAUUUUCUCCUUCUCUUUCAAAGUCGGUGCGCAUCCAGUCGUUGAGAUAUACGCUCUGCAACGCACUCCUCUCGUAUCACCUUGCAUGGACCCGUGGCAAAAGCUCGUUUGAGUAGUUCUACCUGACGACAAACGGUAGAAGACACUCUUCCAUAAAGCACAAAAAGGCAGCGGAGAAGCGUCACUCACGUCUUCCGCGAACUCCUGCGUGAACGUUUUUCUCCCCCAUCUGGAUUUAUCGGCAGCGCUUCCUUCUCUUCUUCGUUCGACACUUCAGUUGACGUUUUCUUCUCGUAGAUCAUUGAGACGUGCUCGCCACCCUGCUAUGGGCCGGCGUUGUUGCUGUUGCUGUUAUAGGCAUCGUUUGUGUGUUUCUAUUUCAUCUGUCCAGCGUUGCGCACGCUUUCUUUUUGUGUAGGGAGAAGUGGACUGCACUUCUGUGCGAGUCGGUGCGUUUCACGUGUCAUCGCUGCGAGCCUUCAGCACUGCUGCCUUUUCCAUUUUUUUCUGCCUUUCUCAUAUUGUUUCGUGCGGGGCGCGUGUGUUGCUGCAGGAGCCGAGCAACAGCUGCACUCGUCUAUUGAAAAGAGCAAGGCUACGAACGUAGUUUAUAAUGAAGAAGGCACAGGAAGAGCGAAAUGAGCUGCUCCGCUACGCCCUGCAGCACCCACCCCCAAACGUGGUCGUGAAGCUGCCGAAGGGCUUCGACUCCUUCGACAACAUCGACCUCGCGCUGUGCCCGAGUCCCCUGCCUUUGUACGCCGAGGCGGAGAAGGCGGCGGCCAAUGCGAAGGGCGGGAAGGCGCCGCAGUUCCACUUCGAUAUGAAGGGAUCCCUCACCUUCGUCGGCGGCAGCAGCGGCGGGGUCCAGCGCGCAACACCAUCAGCGGGGAGCAGUCGCACGAAGCGGCUGAAGUCUCCACGCGACGGCCAUAGCAGCCCUGAGGCGAAGCCCGAGACGUCAAGCCCGGGACACGGUCAGCGGACGGCCAAUGACGGCACCGCCGCUGCCUCGGCCAGUCCUCCGGCGGAGUCGCAGCAGCGAAUUGUUGCCUCGGAGCAGUCGCCGCCGCACCCCGCCAACGCGCACAUCAGCCCGAGCACCGCCAGCAGCAACGGUGGCAACAACGCCACCCCGGAGCCGGAGCAGAGCAAGGGAUUCUUCGCGCACAUUGUGGGCACCUUCCGCGGCCUCAACGGGGCAGACCCGCAGCAGAGCAACAGCAGCCCCAACACCCGCGCGGCGCCAGCACGCACGCAGCGCAUCCUGACACGUUCGCCGACAGCGAUCAAACAGCGGUCUGUUAGCGGUAGCAGCGGCAUCUUUGGCUCCUUUUUGAAUCCCUUCUCCACGGCUCGGGUGGCACGUAACUCCAGCCAAGGAGCCAGCGCUGCGUCCCCACACAGCGAGGACUCCGGCAGCCCCGACACGGCCCGGCGCAUGGAGCAGCUGCAGAUCCCCCUGUGCGGCAGCACUCCCGCCACGAUGUCGGAGGCCAUCACGCGGCAAUUCGGGCCCGUUUUCGACGCCGUGGACGAACACCGGCGGGCGCGCGCUACGGCGCUGACCGCGGCGAAGGAGUUCCCUAAACCACCCAACAUUCAACUGUGCGAGGUCCUCAACAGUGCCCCUGUCGCCGCCUUCCUCGACGUACUCCCCAUCUUCGCCUACGACAACCUUGUCAUGUGCGCGAGUGUGCUGACGACGAAGAAGCGCGACGUCUACGACGCAGAGAUGCGCAACGUCUAUCGCCGUGUGUUCAACAUCAGCGAGGAGCAGCACCGCCGCAUCCUGGCCAACGUCACCCCACCUGCACUGAAAGCGCCGUUUAAUGAGGCGGACCCGGCCGCCGUGGCAGAGCGACGUCGGUACAUCGCCGGCUUCCGCGGCGACGCCAAACUGCUGCGACUGCUUUGCGAGGAGAGCACCGACGACGACUACGUCGCCCGCACGGAGCAGCUGCUCUACUGCAUCGAAAACUUUCCCGACAGCCCGGGCGACGCGCUCGUCCCGUUCGCCGUACGUGCGAUGGUGUACGCGGCCUGUCUGAUGCCGCUGUACCAGCUCGACCUCAGCACGCUGAGCCCCAUCUACACAGAGAAGGACGUGGAGCACUGCCUCGCCUUGCUGCGGUCUCGUAUGGGUAUCUCCUCGAGAAUUGAGAAGUACUGCCAUCUGCAUGCGCAGCUCCUGGCCAACGACCAAUGCGGUAGCGUUGAGGCACAGGCGGUGUUUCUGAAGGGAGUGGCGCGUGCCGUCAGCUCGCUGGGCGCCCGUGACAUCGCUGACAGCCAACUCACCCCUCCUGUGAAGUACGCCUAUUACGUCCUACAGGAGAGCUUCUGCCUUGCCGCUGUGCCGAUGCCGUGGCUGGACUCCACCUUCUCCUACGAUAUGCAGCGCAGCGUGUCAGCCGUAUUUAUUGAGACCUGCCUCGCCCUCCCGUCUUGUAUGCUGAGCGCGAUGGUGCUCGUGGAGGACAUGCAGGUGCUGCCGCCCACCGAGGAGGGCGAAGCGUUUUUGUUGGCCUUCAUGGAGGUAUUCGUGAACUCCGGCGUCUUUCGCAACUACGCGGAACUCGUGGACGAAGACGCAGACAGCGCCCGUGCGCCGUCCUCGGGGUCCGCAGCGGUGCUGCUGCAGCAGGUGAACAGCGGCUUGGACACACAGCAGAAGGCGUACUGCAAGAUGCUGACGCGUAGCUUCCCUCUGGCGAUGUUCCUCCUCGUGCCGGGACGCCUGCGCAUUGGCGCCUACAUCCUGCUGGUGCGGCACUGGGGUAACGCAUACCCCGGCGCGCACCACGAGGUGCCGAGCGACUUCCAAGCUGCCAUGUCCGCCUACCUGCUGUACCUCCUCGGCAGCUGUGGCGGGGAUAAGUGGGUGGGCCACAGUCCACAGCUGAGCUCUUUGCUGGUGCGCUGCACCCAGACUUACCUGGCGCCGUUCAGCGUCCUGGCGAAGGAUGAAGAGGCGUCGUUCGCCAGCCUUGCCCAACAGCAACUGGAGAAGUUGCAGCCGCAGUGGGCCGCGACGUUGGACGACGCGACGCAGCCGCCGAGCGACGUGCUGGGCUUUUUGCGCACCGUCUUCGACACGCCGCGUCCGCCGCCGCUGGGCAGCGACCCGUCGUCGCAGCACCACGUCAGGCUGGUGAGCUGGGCGCAGUUCGCCACGGCCCUCCUGCGGCGCUGCAUGGAGGGCGUUCCGCGAGUCGCGCCGGCGUCCAGCAACGCCAAGACGCCGUACAUCGCGGCCGAGUACGAGCGUAUUCACCGCGCCGCCGCGUUGCGAAACGCAAACGAGCCCCUGCUGCCCGGCGCGGUGCACCGCCUGCACACCGUCGUGCGCCUGAAAGAGGUGUUCUGCGAGUGCCUUUCCUCCUCGCACCGCACCUACGAGCUCGUGCGCAGCGUCAGUGGUGCACCUACAGUGGGGAUGACCGACAUUCAGGAGGAACACUCGCAGAGCGUUUACGAUGCCGUGCUGCAACUCUGCGACACCAUCAGCAUCGAGACGCUGUCCAACGGCACCGUGAAGGACCUCUUCGCGAAGUUCAUGCGGCUCGACACGAAGCAGUAUCAAGCGAUGAAGCAGAACCACGGCAAGAACGAAGACUUCCCGAUGCCCCGCGCCUUCCCAGAGGUUACGAUGGGCCGCAUCAUCGAGGAGAUCCAGCAGGCCACCGCCGUCGUGUGCGCGCGCCUCGACUACGAGCCGGCGGUGCGGCAGGUGCACUACCGAGUGGGCCACAACUUCGUCGCCUACCUUUUUGCGGUGUACGUGGACGGCGCUGGUGUCUUCCUGAGCACGGCGGAUGCCCCCCUCAUCCUUGCCGACUUGGACCUCGUGCGAGUGGCCUUCUUUGAAACCAACCCAGACCCGUCGCCGGUCGUGGCGGACGUAGACGUCGUCAGCACCGCGUGUAAGGCGGUUGCGCACGCCAUGCGCACCUCCGGCGCGGAGUUGUUGGAGAAGCUCUACGGCAUUGUGCAGUACAUCAUGUCGCGGCCUUCGUCGGAGCUGAUCAACGGCGGUGCCGGGGUGCCGCCGCUGCACACGCUGCCUGAGUCGUCGGAGGACUCGCCGUGGUGUCAGUACGUGGUGCGGCGCGUCCUGGAGCACCGCAAGGACUCUAAGUGGACUACAUGGAUCAACUACCAAACCCGCCAGAGGACGAAGACGAUGUACUAA